UGUCAACUUACUUUAGACCAGCCGAAACAUGUUUCUGAAGUUGUUAAAAUCUCUACAUUUUUUACUUCGUCAAGGAUUGCCAAUCAGAGGACAUAGUGAACAGGAAGGGAACUUACUUCAGUUAUUAGAGUGUAGAGCGUUAGAUGUUUAGGGAUUGAGAGAAUGGAUUGCUACUAAUAGUUACCUUUCACAUGACAUAAUUAACGAAAUAAUCGAAAUAUUGGCUAAUCAAGUUCUUCAUGAUAUUCUCAGUGACAUCAAAGAUUCUGAGUUUUAUGCCGUGAUUGCAGAUAAAACCCAAGAUGUAAGUACUUGCGAGCAGUUUGCUAUUUCUAUAAGAUGGGUUGAUAGCUGUCAUUCUAUUCAUGAAGAUCUCAUAGGUAUGGUUGAAGUUGAACAAACUGAUGCUUUGCCCUUGUCUAGUACAAUUAUAGAUGUACUUACUCGUUGUGGCCUUUCCUUCAGUAAUUGCAGGGGUCAGGCAUAUGAUGGUUCGUCAAACAUGUCUGGCCAUUUAAGUGGAGUGGCUACUCGUUUAAUGGCUGAAGAACCUUGUGCACUAUAUGUUCAUUGUUCAGCUCAUUGUCUAAAUUUAGCCCUUCAAGAUAGUUCUCGCCAAUCCACUUCUGUCAGAGAUGCUUUGAGUCUAGCAGCUGAUAUUGCCAACUUUAUUAGAGCCUCACCGAAGCGUUUUGCUCAGUUUAGAUCAUUAAAAGAUCAAUUAUGCAAAGCUAAUCCAGGCAUCAAACCACUUUGCCCAACAAGAUGGACCAUACGAACAGUUUCUAUUGAUGCUAUUCUUAAAAAUUACGGUGUUAUAAUUCAACAGCUAGAAGAAACAUAA